AAAAAAAAACAUGGAUGAUAAUUUAGAAAAGCAUAUACUAGUCCACCAAACUCUUCAAUCUAGAUCAAUGUUUUAGAAUUUGACUCAUUCUCUCUUUACCAAUAUAGACUUCUCCGCCUCUCUUCAUCUUCACCAAAACACAAUCUCUUUUCCAAACCAAAUACAAAACAAAACCAUGGACAAAGAACAAGAAGACAUGCAAUUUCUUGGUUUCUUUGGUUGCUACAAAGAAUCCUUCAAGAUCAUAUUUUCAUGGAGAAAAAUCUUCACACAAAUCACCUUAACUCUUCUCCUACCUCUCUCCUUCAUCUUCCUCUUCCACAUAGAAGUCUCAAACCUCAUCUUCAAGAAAAUUCAACACACUGAAGAACAAAUAGACCAUACUCAACAAGGCACACCAAAAUAUGAAAAACUCACCGACAUAAUCUCUUCACAAUUCAUCACUCUUUUGCUUUUCAAGUUAGUUUACUUCACUUUUCUUCUCAUCUUUUCACUUCUCUCUACCUCAGCUAUUGUCUACACAACAGCAUCAAUCUUCACUUCCAAAGAUGUUUCUUUCAAAAAAGUGAUGAAAAUUGUUCCUAAGGUUUGGAAGAGACUCAUGAUCACUUUUUUAUGUGCCUAUGCUGCUUUUUUUGCUUACAAUUUUAUAACUUUUUUUGUUAUAAUCUUGUUAGCAAUUACUAUUAGUAUAAAAAGUGGUGGUAUUGUUUUGUUGAUUUUCAUAAUGAUAUUUUAUUUCAUUGGAUUUGUUUACCUUACUUUGAUAUGGCAACUAGCUAGUGUUGUCACAGUGUUGGAAGAUUUCUACGGAAUCAAAGCUAUGGUGAAAAGCAAGGAAUUAAUAAAAGGGAAAAUGGGUUUAUCAAUAUUUAUAUUUUUGGUGCUUAAUGUUUCAUUUGUUUUGAUAAGGUUGGUUUUUAAGGUAGUGGUUGUGAAUGGAAGAUGGUGUUUUGGUUAUGUGGACAGAACAGGUUAUGGGAUACUAUGUUUCUUGUUCUUGUCUUGUUUGUUCUUGUUUGGACUUGUUUUGCAAACUGUGCUUUAUUUAGUUUGCAAGAGUUAUCAUCAUGAGAAUAUUGAUAAAUCUGCUUUGGCUGAUCAUCUUGAAGUUUAUCUUGGAGAGUAUGUUCCAUUGACGGCUAAGGAUGUUCAAUUGGAGAAUUAUCGUGUUUGAGUAGGAAUCAAAUUUGGUUAUGUUAUGAUGUUAGAUUAUUACAUGAUAGUACCAUGAGACAUUAAUGUAUGUUUAAGUUUAUUGAUUAUAUUUGUUAUUAUAUCUUUUGUAGUGUUGAUGAUAAAUGGAAUUUUAUUUUGUGAAUUUAAGAGACGAAUGAAGUGAAUUCAAA